AAGCUCCUCCUAACGUCGCCGAAGCGUCCAAUAGCGGUAUCGUUCGUCGAGCGGGUAGUACGAGGUAAGGGAGAGCAACGGAAGGAGGAGAGGAGCGAGGAAAUCGGAAGAAUCGCGGCCGACGACACGGAAGUCAAAAAUGCCUCGUUCCUUCCUUGUCAAGAAGAGGUAUUCGGGACGGAAGGCAUUAGCGGACAAGAAAGACGUCGACUCCACCCAAACGGAUCCUCUUCCAGAUGCGAGUUGGCCCUCGGCUCCCACCCUCCCGCCACCCCCCAACGAAUGGUAUCCUGGUCGGCCCGCACCCGAGCCACCGGCCCGGGAGGCGGAAGACAACGAAUUCCGCGGGGAUCCCAGGGAUUUUCCCGUCGUUCGCUUCCGACAGGGUUGCCACAAGAGAAACUUCCAGUGUCAGCAGUGCGGAAAGAGCUUCAAGCGAUCGUCCACCCUGUCCACCCAUCUGCUGAUCCAUUCGGACACCAGGCCCUACCCUUGCCAGUACUGCGGAAAGAGGUUCCACCAGAAGUCCGACAUGAAGAAGCACACUUACGUCCACACAGGAGAAAAGCCUUAUCUGUGUAUCGUGUGCGGGAAGGCCUUCAGUCAGUCCUCCAACUUGAUCACACACGGCAGGAAGCACACGGGCUACAAGCCGUUCGCCUGCGAAGCGUGCGGAAGGACCUUUCAGAGAAAAGUGGAUCUUAGAAGACACAAGCAGACGCAACACGACGGAUCGGCAUGAAGAUUUCGCUCCCCAACCUCAUCCUUUUCCUUCGGCCCGCAUUUUCUACGGGUAACACCACGUCGUUUACUUACCGGACCCCCUUUUUUUUUCCAUUCGGGCCUUUCCGGUAUUCCAGUGUUGGCCCCUUGUACCCAGUUUUCCAGUACAGUGAGAAUAAAAUAGCCAAACCUCCUGCACGUUUGUUUGUCUUUCUUACGGGGGGGAGGGUGGGCUUUACCGGAAAGCGUUGAUACGUUUGUAGGUCGCCAG